GACGCCGAGAAUUGCAGUUACAGUCGUUUCGGGAGGGGCCAGGCAGGGCGCCGAGAGGAAUUGGCUGUGGGUCCAGCUUUGGACCACAUUUCCCAGAGGGCCGGGUGGCCGGUCGCUCUUCUCGCAGGAACUCGAACGUUUCGUCACCUCUGGCGGGACCGUUAGAUACAUGAGGUGAGGGUCCGUGGGUCCCGGGGGAACAGGCUCGGCUAUGCAGGUUGCAACCCCGGGAGACCCGAAAGGCCUAAGUUGAGGAGACCAGAGGCAGUUCUACCCUUAUCCAGGUGCAGAAGAGAAGGAAAGAAUGCAAAAUGAACUUCUGCAAGCAAUGUCCAAGGGAUCAAUGAUGUUCAGGGAUGUUUCUAUAAACUUCUCUCAGGAGGAAUGGGAAUGCCUGGACUCUGGUCAGAUGAAUUUAUACAAAGAAGUGAUGUUGGAGAAUUUCAGCAACCUGGUUUCAGUGGGAAUGGUUUGAGUUGGAAUGGAAUAGAAGAAUUGGAAAUGAGCAGCUCCAGUGGGCUGAAGCUUCACCUUCAUCUUUCUUCGGUCCUUCCUACAGUGGCAUCUCUUUCUUCUCACCAAGGGACUGGAUCUGAUUUCUGGGACACCCACAGCAUAACCAUGUCCCAUGUCUUUUCUUGUGAUCAGGACUUUCCAAUUCUAAGCCAGCUGUGAUUUCCUUAUUGGAACAAGGAAAAGAGCCCUGGAUGGUUGAAAGAGAGCUGACGAGAGGCCUUUGUUCAGGGAGAAGCUGAGAGCUGAAGUUUCUCUCCCAUUCACUCUGUAUUGAGCAGGGAAAGGAGCUGUGGGAGAAGUUGGAAGCUGGGGGUUUCCUCCCAGUUUUAUGGCGCUAUGCCAGUACGGGGAUCAUGAUCUGGAAUCCAUGUGUGAGACCAAGAUAUUAUCUCUAAAGAAGAGACAUUUUAGUCAAGUAAUAUUUACCCAUGAAGACAUGCCCACUUUUAUUCAGCCCACAUUCCUCCCUCCACAUCAAAAAACUGUUAAUGAAGAGAAACCCUGUGAAUGUAAGAUAUGUGGAAAGGCCUUUAAUCAGAACUCACAAUUUAUUCAACAUCAGAGAACUCAUUCUGCUGAAAAAAACUACAAAUGUAAAGAGUGUGGGAAGUCCUUUAGUCGUGGCUCGCUUGUUACUCGACAUCAGAGGAUUCAUACUGGUGAAAAACCCUAUGAAUGUAAGGAAUGUGGCAAGGCUUUUAGUUGUAGUUCAUAUUUUUCUCAACAUCAGAGGAUUCACACUGGUGAGAAACCCUAUGAAUGUAAGGAAUGUGGAAAAGCCUUUAAUUAUUGCUCAAACCUCAACGAUCAUCAGAGAAUUCACACUGGUGAGAAACCCUAUGAAUGUAAAGUAUGUGGAAAAGCCUUUACUAAGAGUUCACAGCUCUUUCCACAUCUGAGAAUUCAUACUGGUGAGAAACCUUAUGAAUGUAAAGAAUGUGGGAAAGCCUUUACUCAACACUCAAGGCUUAUUCAACAUCAGAGAAUACAUACUGGUGAGAAACCUUAUGAAUGUAAGGAAUGUGGGAAGGCCUUUAGUAGUGCCUCAACACUUACUAACCAUCACAGAAUUCAUGCAGGCAAGAAACUCUAUGAAUGUAAGGAAUGUGGAAAGGCCUUUAUUCAGAGCUCAGAACUUAUUCAACAUCAGAGAAUCCAUACAGAUGAAAAACCUUAUGAAUGUAAUGAAUGUGGGAAGGCCUUUAAUAAAGGUUCAAACCUUACUAGACAUCAAAGAAUUCACACUGGUGAGAAACCCUUUGACUGUAAGGAAUGCGGAAAGGCCUUUGGUAGUCGUUCUGACCUUAUUCGCCAUGAAGGAAUUCAUACUGGGUGAAAGAUAAGCUCUGUUCAUAAUCUUUAUAAUAAGAUCUUAAAAAUAGGUAAUGGAAAAAAAAUAAAGCAGUGUAGUAGUUUUUUGAGCUACUAUAACAAUAUCAAGUACCUCAAAAUUGGGUGACUUAAAACAACAUAAAUGUAUUCUCUCACAGUUUUGGAGCUUUGAAAUCCAAAAUUAAAGUUGUUGGUAAGGUUGGUUCCUUCUGAGGACUUUGAGGAAGAAUCUGUUCCAUGUCCCUCUCCUGCCUUCUGAUAACAACAAUCUUUGACAUUCCUUGUCGUGUAAUGCAUCACUCCAGUCUCUGCCUCCAUCUUCACAUUGCAUUCUUCCUAUGUAUAUCGGUCUCUGUCUUGUUUAAGAGGAGACUCAUACAGGACAUGAGUCCUAUUGGAUUAGGGCACACCCCGAUGACCUUAUCUUAACUGAUUACAUCUGCAAAGACCUUAUUUCCAUAUAGGAUCACAUUCACAAGUGCCAGGGGUUAGGGCUUCAACAUAGUUUAACCCAUAACACUGUUAACAUUGUUUUUCUCACAUAUUUGUAAUUUUCUUUUAUACAUAACUUGUUAAAUGUAUUCUAAAAUGUAAAUUCAAGGUUUAAAUUAUACGUGCCUUCCCUCCAAAAAAGAUUCUGUCCCAAACUACUUCUUACAUAAUUCUUUCCUCCCCAUUGUUUUAUUCUGCUUCUUGGUUAUACAUUUGUGUUUGUAUUGGCUUCAUUUUAGAGCCAUCUUUUCUAUUGCUCUGACCUAUAGAUCUGGUACUACCAAUACUACACUGUAAGUCCUGUUACAUAGGCUAUCUUUUAAUUCCUGGCAAAAUUAUAACUUUGUUUUUGAAGGCAGCUCUGUUCUUUUUUCCUUUGGUAACACUCAUACUUUCAUGUUGUAAAAAACACACAAAGGAAAUAGAUUAUCUGUAAGCCUUCCAAACAGAAAUUACUACUUUCAUAUUAUUACAACAUAUCCUUCCAGGCUUUCUUAGUGUAAUCUGAUGUGCAUGCCAUACCAUAACCUGCUUCUAUCAUGCUACUGUUUCAGUAAGUAUAAAUAUUUAUUUAUCAUUAUUUUUAAUGGUAUCAUAAUCUUUUCUAUGGUAGAUUAUCAUUUUGCUAAAUACUACUGACAUACUUAAUGGUGCUCACUGAAAUUUUACAGUUAUAAAAAUUGCCUUUUAAAUACAAA